AUGGGUGUUUUGCAUUCAUCGCAUGAGGUCAGUUUACUACGUCAAAUCUGCCAGACCAAUCAAGGCAAAAGAGUUUUUGUGCCAUACAUUAUAUCUCCUUACCACUACUUCUUGAUUCGCCUCUGUGUUGUCGCCGCAUUGCGAGUGUGCUUCAGUGCAGGUGCGGUAACUGGGGCAACGAUUAAGGAACAAAAAAGGGCACGUAAAAGCUGGACGCUGCGCUGUCAUUUGGCUACCGACGAGUCUACAGGGAUGAAAAUUGCGGUUAACCCGUACAAGGAGAGUUUACUCCGGCUAGUUGAGUACGUUGGCCUUCAGAGUGAUGAUGAUAGCGAGGGAGCUACGGUUUCUCCGCCGAGAAGUGGGACGGGGGCUCUUUUCUUCCACGAAACUGAAAGUCCUGAGUGGCGGGCGUAUGUGGCAUCCCUCCCGCUGGAGAAACGCCAUGAGGCCUCCGUGAAGCGACGUUUAUCAACUCAAAUGUUGGCUGCGAUGAGGAAAGACGUUUGCCUAUGGUGUUGGUUCUCAAAGAGUCUAUGUUUUUGUAACAGACUGGAACAAUAUAGACAGCGGAUGCUUGAAAUCGGACAGCACUCCGCUGUCGAAGUCACAAUUGUGUUGCAUCCGGAGGAGUUUAUGCGAGGGACAAACUCUGGUCAUAUAGCCGCAUUUAUUUUAGGUGCACCGAUACGCAUUUGGGGUGUUCCGGAGGAUGAUGCCUAUCUGAAUGACUUGCCUGCCGUACGCACGGAAGAAGGAAACUACGAUUUCCCCUCCGACGAUGCCAUCCACACUGUUUCACUCUACCCCGAGAAGGAUGCAUUCCUUCUGGAAGAUUUCGUUAAGAACAUAGGUAGCACUCACAGAGUUCAUUUAUUACUUAUGGACGCGACGUGGAGCCAGGCAAACGCACUCAACCGCCACAUUCCACGUCAUAUCCCCCGCGUAGCGCUGCGUAUCGACGAAUCCUACGCUUCCCUCUUUAAAGCGCUGCGUAAGAGGACUAGGCAAAGUGGUGUCUCGACGUUUGAGGCAACCACCAUGGCUUUACAACAGUGCUAUGGUGCCCUCUGUCCGGGUGGGGACGACCCUGUGGUCGCAGGUGAUAUAAUGACAUCGGCCAUGAAGGAAUUUGUGGACGUUAAAUGUUUGUUAAGCCAUCGGGGCGCGUGCUUCGUCAAGGAAUCGGAGGUUGUGGCAGACAUUAUUGAACGACGUAAUGCCAACCGCCGCGACGAGGCAAUUAACCGCCUUCGACUGGUAAAGCAGAGAGUCAUGAAUGAUGUCGAGGCACAGGAUCUUUUGAACCCACCCGUGCUCAACUACUGCUAUGCCUGCGACGUGUUUGUGGGGUGGUCUCGCAUGACGGAACAUGUCAUGGGGCGGGCUCAUAUGCAAGCGUUAGGGAUGAAUCCGCUCUGUACUCCAAGUGAAACCUCGCGGAAUGUGAAAGGAAGUUUGCGUGGACACUACAAGGAAUCAGGGGAACAUUAG